CGGCGGGGAUACGCCCAUUGAAAGGAGGUGACAACUCCCGUAAGAUGGAGGAAGAUGAGGAAGAAGAGCAGGAGGAAGAAGAGGAAGACGAGGAGGAGGUGGAGGAGGAGGAGGACGCGGACGAGGAGGAGGAGGAGGAGGAGGUGGAGGUGGAGAAAGAGGAUGACGACAACGAGGAGGAGGAAGAGGAAGAUGAAAAGGAGGGUGAGGAGAGGAGAAGUGAAAGGAGGAAGAUAAAAGAAGGGGGAGAAGGAGGAGGAGGGUGGACGAAGGGAGGUGACUCAUGUGAUGCCACGUCAGCAGUACACGGCAGUAGUGCCACGUCAGCAACUAGUCACUGCAGCAGCAGGUCACGUCAAUGCAUGGUGCUCACCCGCUCAAAGACAAGCGGCAUGGAGCAACAGCCAGGCGAGACCACUGAGGCCUAUCAGGCCCGCAUGCUGGACAUGGUAGCAGAGUACAAGCAACGGGCAGCUGCGACAACAUCCGCACGUAAGAAGGAAGACGAGGAAGCAGAGGAACAACGUCGCCUCGCUGAACAGCAGCGACAAGCGGACGCUGAGGCAGCAGCGACGGCCGCAAACGAACGCCGUCGACUACGCCGAGACAAAGUCCUCGAAUGUGAGGGGGAUAUCGAGGUGAUCGCCGACGAAUGGGUAGUGGCUGCUGAAGAGGAGGGUGCCCCCUCUGCUGUGCGUGGCCUUGCAACCACAAUCGAACAUGUGAGUGACUUAGUCGCCACCUGUGCAGCACAACAAGAGGACAUCCUCUGCAUGGACAUCCUGGUCUGGAAGCAGAUUCGAACUAUUGAUGAACUGUUGGACCGGGUACGCCGGCUGGAACAGCAGCUUGCAACAGCCACCCCCGCCGGACCCUCCAACUUGACAGAUCGCGUCAACGUUUUGGAAAUCGACGUCGAGACUCUCAAGGACAGCGCGUUAACGACAAAUCAGCGGAUUGACCAGCAGAUUUGCGCUGCCACAGCCAGUUCAACCGCGACGAAUCGCGAGAGCGUUCCGAAGUUUGACGGCCUCCCGAUCUUCUGCGAUGCAACAAAGACGGACCCGAUCCCAUUGUGGCGCCAAUUUGAGCUGAAGUUGGACAUUCACCACGUCAUCAACCCGAACCGGCAUGCAUACUUAUACUCCCGUUCGGGAGGCGCGUGCCAGGCAUGGCUGGACAACAUGUUGUCCACGCACAACGUCCCAGUCUACGAGUUGCAUACAAAGAUCAGCUGGGCUGAUCUCAAGGCAGCAUGGCAUAAGCGGUUCCAAGUGGAGCCGACCGAGCUUCAGGAAGCCGAGAAACUUCAACGGUUCUAUCAGAACGAACUGCCAAGCACGGACGGGAUCACCGAGUACCAACGCUUAGCAUCCACGCCCAACUUGUCGUCGACAUUCGUCGCUAUCAAGCACUUCUUCAUCAAGAGGAGCUGCCCGGCGUUGCAGAACGCCUUGACGCAAGUUGCGGAGACACUCACCACAAGCGAGCAGCUUUUUGAUAAAGCCUCGCAGAUCAUCCUGACGAACAUCGAGGCCAAGAAUUUGGGCCAUUCGUCUGUUGCAGGCCAGGGCAGAGGACAGCAUCGGUCGAAAGUGGCCGUGGUUGCAGCAACUACAGCAAACAACAUUCCAAACGAGGCUGCCUCUUUUGAGGAAGGAGACAGAUUGGCAGCCGCCCGGGAUGCUGCCGCGGCGACCGAAUCUUCACCUACGGACUUGUCUUCGGACCACCGAGUGGUGUGGCUGCUCGACGAGUUCACCGACAUCUUCGAGUCCCCUACCGGUGUGGUGUCGGAUCGACCGAUCUCCCACAAGAUCAUUCUUGAGGCCGGUGCCGUGCCGCCGAAAGGAUGCAACUAUCGCAUGAGCGAGGAAGAACUCGAGGUUCUCUGCGCUCAACUCGACGAUCUUUUGGACAAGGGCUGGAUCCGCCCUAGUAGCUCACCAUACAAUGCGCCAGUUCUCUUCGUAAGGAAGAAGAACAAGGAUCUUCGCUUGUGCAUCACCUACCGCAAGCUCAACGCACAAACCGUCAAGAAUGCGGGACCUCUUCCGCAGAUUGACGACCUUCUCGAGCGUUUGUGCGACGCAAAAUUCUUCUCAAAGUUGGACUUGAAGUCUAGCUACCAUCAAAUCUCGAUACGCGCGCAAGAUUGCUACAAAUCCGCGUUCAAGACGUGGUACGGGUAUUUUGAGUGGAUUGUUAUGCCGUUUGGCCUCACCAAUGCCCCGACGACCUUUCAAGCGGCAAUGACCAACGAGUUCCGUGCGAUGCUAGACCGGUUUGUACUAGUCUACUUAGACGACAUUCUCGUCUAUAGCCGAACAUUGGAGGAUCAUCUUGAGCACCUUCGACGAGUGUUGGAGACACUCCACCGCGCCAAGUAUAAAGCCAACCGCGACAAGUGCGAAUUUGUCUGGCAAGAGCUGGAAUACUUGGGCCAUUUUGUCACACCAGACGGCAUUAGUCCGUUGUCAGACAAGAUUCAAGCCAUCCAAGAGUGGGUGGAGCCGAAGACCGUCACAAAUGUCCAUUCCUUCCUUGGCUUAGUCGGCUACUAUCAACGCUUCAUCAAGGGAUACUCGAAGAUCGCGGCUCCUUUAUCCAAGCUUCAAUGCGAGGACCGACCAUUCGACUUCGACGACCAUGCGCAGACUUCAUUUUUGGCUCUCAAAGCCGCAUUGCUAUUUGCGAAGGUGUUGCGCAUCUACGAUCCGCUUUUGCCGACACGUGUCACUACCGAUGCGUCCGGCUACGACAUUGGUGUCGUCCUCGAGCAACAUGACGGUGUGGACUGGCACCCGAUCGAGUACUUCAACAAGAAAGUUCACUGAUUGACGACGCACGGGAGAAGGAAUUGUUGGCCUUCGUACACGGGCUCAAACGCUGGCGGCAUUUUCUUCUCGGUCGACGGCAGUUCCGAUGGGUAACAGAUAACAAUCCAUUGGUCUUAUACAAGACCUAAGACACAGUCAAUAGCACCAUUGCCCGUUGCAUGGCCUUCAUCGACCAGUUUGACUUAUUCCCCGACCACAUUCCGGGCAAGUCAAACAGUCUUGCGGAUGCUCUUUCACGACGUCUGGACCAUUGUACCGCAGUCUACUCGACUUUUGAGAUUGACAACGACUUGUGGUGUCGAGCGCAUCGGCCCCCACACGAGCGAGGGCCCUCCCGGCCACGUCACGCAGGAGUUACACAUUAAAACAAAACACAGAGACAACU